AUGUCAUUUAAUACCCCCAAAAAUCCUUUAAAAAUAAAUAUUCAAUUAUUUGUUGAAAAUAGACAACGUUUAAUUAAUAAAUUAAAAAAUAAUUUUGGAGGGGAAUCUAAAGAAGGAAUUUUUGUUUUAUUAAAAAGUGGAAAAGAAAAGACUCGAUAUAAUACAGAUUUUGGUGAAAUUGUUUUUAGACAGGAAUCCUAUUUUUUCUGGACUUUUGGAGUACACGAGCCUGGUUGUUAUGGAGCUAUUGACAUUAAUAGUGGAAAAUCGUUUUUGUUUCCUCCCAAACUUGCGCCAGAUUAUGCAAUAUGGGAUGGAAAGUUUGUUUUUUUGUUGUGUUUAAUUGGGAAUUUUUUGAAAUUUUAUUGGAAUGGAUUUUAA